AUGCCAACACGAAAAAAAUCAAAGUUACAUCAAGACUUCAUCGAAGUGAUUUAUAAAUUAGCAGAUAUAUUAAACUUAAAAGAGAUUGAUUAUGUCGUAAAUUACGGAUCGGAUGAAAUAGACAGUUUUUCUAGUGGUACAAACAAAGUGGAGUUAAGUGGCUACGUCGAUGGACAAAAAGUUAAACAAAAACUGAUAGUAAAAUGGCGUCCAAUUAACGACUAUCGUGAUCACUUCAGAGAAUCGUAUAAACGUGAAUAUAUAUUUUAUCAAUAUAUCGGACCUAAAUAUUUGGAGAUUCAACGAAAUUUUAAUGUCAUAGAAGGAUUGAAACUUAAAAUACUGAAUUGUAUUUACGCCAGCGCUGAAUAUGAUAAAGAAUCUAUAGUCGUACGAGAUUUAGAUGGGCAACGUUAUAAAUUUCAUAAUAGAUUUUCUGAAAUAGAUUUAGAUCACGUCUCCUUAGUUGUGAAAAACUUAGCGAAAAUGCACGCAUUAUCUUUCGUCUGGUCCAGAACAGAUCCAACAGAAUUUCUGAAGAUAAGGAACUUGUGUAGCAAAGACGUACAGUAUUCUGACGUAAGCCGUGUCCCUAAUCACAUGAAAUUCUACUAUGAUACUUCGGUUAAUGUUGUAUCUGAUUUAGUUGCAAAGGAAAAGUUGAAAGUAUUAAGCUCAGAUAUUUUUUCUAUUUUACACGAAUGUACGUUACCUGUUGAAAAUUAUGGCGCAUUUUGCCACGGAGACUGUUGGACAAACAAUGCAAUUUUCAAAUAUACAGGACGGAGACCGAUAGAAGUGAUUUUAGUAGAUUAUCAGUUGGGCAGAUAUGCGUCGCCAGCUACUGACUUAUCGUACUUCCUUUAUAUGUCAACUAGCGGAGAAAUACUCUUCAAACAUUAUGAUCGAGUUUUAGAUAUAUAUUACGGCACUUUAACAGCUGUGCUUCGCCAAUGCAAUCUGGACAUUAAUGAUGUUUAUCCUAAAUCUAUUUUCACGGAACAUUUACAAAGGUAUUCUGUUUUUGGGUUGAUAGAAGCAUUAAUAUCAAUGUUGAUAAUAACAUCUCCGACGGAAAAAGCCUUACAACUGACCGAAGCUACUGAUCAUCCACCAAGAGAACUGAACUGUGGUAAAGAUUGUCCGUAUAUGACGGGAUACGUGAAAAGAGUAAAUGAUGUAGUCAAGCACUUUUUCCAGAGAAAAUAUUCUCUCCGUAGUGUAUUAAGUGAAUAA